GUGCUUCUUCCUCUAAUAUACCCCGAGCUGUUCCAAGGGUUGGGUGUAUCCCCUCCACGAGGGCUCCUCUUGCAUGGUCCACCGGGUACUGGGAAGACUCUAUUGGCGAGGUGUCUGGCUGGCAGCUGUUCUCGUCUUGGUGGGGGAGCUAAAGUGAGCUUCUUCAUGAGAAAGGGAGCGGACGUUUUAUCGAAGUGGGUUGGCGAGGGCGAGAGGCUCCUUCGUGAGCUUUUCGACCAGGCUCGGAAGGCUCAGCCUAGCAUUAUAUUCUUCGAUGAGAUUGAUGGCUUAGCACCAGUCCGUAUUGCUAGUGGAGGGUCGAGUCAUAGCAGCUCACUUGUCGCUACGCUGUUGGCCCUCAUGGAUGGUCUCGAUGGGAGAGGUGACCGCGUUGUCGUGCUGGCUGCGACCAAUCGUCCAGAUGCCGUUGACCCAGCGCUACGACGACCAGGACGCUUCGAUAAGGAGUUGCGAUUCUCCCCUCCUAGGCGAGCAGCAGAUCGUCGUGCCGUAUUGGAGGUCCACACUCGGAGGUGGCGGUCGGAUCAGAUGCCGCCGGGAACAGCAGCUUGGAUCUGUGAUCCUUCGAGAACAGCAGGUUUCACUGGUGCAGACUUGAAGGCUCUGACCGAAGAGGCUGUGAUGAUGGCGGUCAGAAGGACGUAUCCCCAAAUAUACGAGGAAGCUAUCAAACAGACCUCAGGAGACUUGAACGGCGCAAAGCGAAGUGAGUCUUGA